CGGACGUAUUUGAGAGUGACACGCCAUUUGUGACCUGACACACAUGUGACCUGAGACACAACAAUGUCAGCAGCAGCAGCACGAAGGUUUGGGCUCAUUCAUUUAUUUCGUCACUCUGUAAGUCCUGGACAACACAAGCCGACCUUUCUGAGGCCAUGCGCUGCACGAUCGUUCUCUCUCAGUCCACAGCUCAGCAACAAGCCCCUUCGAACUCCAGGCUCCAGCGAUGGUGAGGAAGUCCCAGCUCAGCCCAUCAAGUUUUCCACAAGUAAAGCCAGCCACCGGACGUGGAAGGUGGAGCGUUCGAUGGGCAGCAGGUUCCAGCGGCCGUGGUGGAAGGUUCUGCCCCUCAGCGUCCUCGCCGUCGGCUUCCUGCUAUGGUGCGUCUUCCGCAAGGAAUCUGACGUCGACCGCACUUUGGAAAAGCAGCUGUAUGAACACUUACCAGGUUUACUGACCGACAUCGAGGAGACGGAGGAUGAGGAGACGAAAGAGAACGAAGAACUCAAAAAAACACCCCGAUGACAGUUCAAAAUGAAAAUGGACGUUGAUUAUAUUAUGAUUGUGAUUGCUGCUACAUCUUGGUCUUGAGAUUGUGGAAAUAAACACAGGUCUGUCCCGAUGAGCUCCCUGAUUUAAAGAGAAGCCACAGUUCCCUCUAAGCAGUGAAACCCUUCAGGACAUUUUGUCUGUUAACAGAAAUUCAACCUCAGUCGUUAACGUCUGUAACAAGGAUGUUAACUUUAUCUGGCUGAACUUUUCAUCGGUGCCAUGUUUGUACGCAGCUCUGCUCUACAGUGAUGGAGAUCGAGUAAAGGCAGUUUUGGAAA